AAUUGCAAAAUCACACUCUCCUCGUCCUCCUCGGCUCCUCCUCCUCUGUCUCUCUGGCGCACUUCUCUGCCGGUGUUCCUCCGCCAUUUCCCUUUUUCCCCACCGCAGAUCCACACCGCUGCCCCUCGCCGCCUCAGAUAGUCAGAUGGCAUCACCGUCGGGGAACCCUAACCCCACCCCGAGUGCCCCCUUCGAGCUCAGCAAGCUCUUCCGGCCGCCGCCAAACCCUAACCACCCCACCACCGCCCCGAGCCCCACCGGCGUAUUCCCGGGCGCGCCUGGCCCCGCUGCCGGGCCACCGCUCACAGGGCCCUACUCCUACCCGCCGGCCACCCCGCCCUUCCACCGUGGCCCCUAUCUCCAAUAUCCAAACGACCCCCAUGGCUUCCACCACCCCGCCGCGGCCGCCUUCGCCAACGCUAACCCCACCGCAAACCCUAUCCCGAACCCCGGCCCGGGCCCUAACCCGGGGGCGCGGCUGAUGCAGCUGCUCGGCAACACCACGCCCACCCACCUCGAGUCGGCGGCGUCCAUGCCACCCUCGUCGGAGUUCUCGACGGCCCCCGCGGUGGCGCUUCCGGCGUCGUCGUCCGCGCCGCCGGCGAGGAUGCUCAGCAGUAAGAUGCCGCGCGGGAGGCUGCUGGGACCUGGUGACCGGGCAGUGCACGACGUGGACUCGCGGCUACCAGGGGAAGCAGAACCGCCGCAGCUGGAGGUGACACCCAUAACCAAGUACACCUCGGAUCCUGGGCUGGUGCUCGGUAGGCAGAUCGCGGUGAACAGGACGUACAUCGUGUACGGACUUAAGCUAGGCAACAUCCGCGUGCUCAACAUCAAUACAGCGCUCCGCUCUCUGCUUCGUGGGCACACACAGAAGGUGACGGACAUGGCCUUUUUUGCAGAAGAUGUCCAUCGUUUAGCAAGUGCAAGUGUAGAUGGGCGGGUAUACGUAUGGAAGAUUGAUGAGGGACCUGACGAAGAAAAUAAAUCCCAAAUCACAGGAAAGAUUGAAAUUGCCAUCCAGAUUGUAGGAGAUGCUGAAACCUAUCAUCCGAGAAUAUGUUGGCACUCUCAUAAGCAAGAGAUUCUGUAUGUUGCAAUUGGGAAUUGCAUCUUAAGGAUAGACACAACAAAAGUGGGAAGAGGAAGAGACUUCCAUACGGAAGAGCCUCUAAGAUGCCCACUUGACAAGCUGAUUGAUGGUGUGAACAUAGUUGGUAAACAUGGUGGAGACAUUACUGAUCUCUCCAUAUCUCAAUGGAUGACUACGCGUCUGGCUUCAGCAUCAAAAGAUGGCACGGUAAAGGUCUGGGAUGAUCGCAGGGUAGCCCCUCUGUCUGUACUGAAACCACAUGAUGGUCAAGCAGUUUACUCUGUUUCUUUCCUUACAGCACCUGAAAGACCAAACCAUAUAAAUCUUGUUACAGCAGGCCCGCUCAACCGAGAAGUAAAAAUUUGGGCCUCCACUAAUGAAGAUGGCUGGUUGUCACCGAGUGACCCGGAGACAUGGAAAUGCACUCAAACAUUGGAACUUGUAAGUUCUCUGGAAAAUAGGUCUGAGGAGGCAUUUUUCAACCAAGUUGCGGUGUUGCCGCAGGCUAGCCUUAUAUUGCUUGCAAAUGCCAAAAAGAACGCUAUUUAUGCUGUGCAUCUUGAAUAUGGUCAAGAUCCCGCCUCAACUCGGUUGGACUAUAUAGCAGAUUUUACUGUUGCAAUGCCCAUUUUGAGUCUCACGGGAACACAUGAAAACCAACCUGAUGGUGAACAAGUCGUUCAAGUUUACUGUGUCCAGACAAUGGCUAUCCAGCAGUAUGGGUUGGAGUUAUCACUCUGUCUUCCUCCUCCAGCUGAUAACAUUGGAUCUGGAAGAGAUCCUGCAAUUUCUCAUUUAAAUGAGAGGCUUCCAGAAAUGGCAGCACUGGAUUCCACAGCAACUACUCCUGUUGAUUCUUCAACUGCUGUUUCGACUAAGCCAUCAAGUGAUAGUCAGGGCACAGAACCUGAUUCUUCUUCCCGUGUUCCAUCUGUAGCUCCUAAAUCAAAGAUGAAUCAGGCUGGAUCUCCAGUUGUCUUAAGUAGAGACCCUUCAGGAAGUGAUCGUGAUGUGGACCAGUCCUCUUUUGGUAGGAAGGAUAGCAUCGGAAAGGAAGAGCCAAGAGGCGGCCAUAGUGAUGGUAUGGUAAUAUCAGAUCCUCGCCCUGUGCUUCAGGUGGGAGGCCAUGCUACUCACCUGAUAACUCCAUCUGAAAUUAUUUCAGGUGGGCUCACUUCUGCUGAAACAGUUGCAAGUGGCAGCUCACAGAAUGUAGAAGCAGAAGCAAAACAUGUAGAUGAGAGAAAAUCAAAUCAAACUGUUGGAUUCGAGGCUGGUAAGGAAAACCAAAUUCUUCCUGAGAAGAAAGGGAGACCUAUCAAGCCUUCAGAACAAACUGUAGACACCCUCAGUGAACGCACAAUAGUAACUGCCAAGUACAGUGUAGAAGAUUCACAGCCUAUGGCUGAUAGAUCAGUACCCACGCUUUUGAAGCAAUCUUCUGGUGCUGAAGAUGAAGAUGCUGUGAAGAGAGCAACUGGAGCUUCUGAUGGAACUGGAACUGAUGGCCCCUGUACUUCAAGGGAUUUGCCUUUAACCUCAGCUGCCAAAGAGGGGAAAGUCAUGCAUCCUCAACCUCAAGUGGCUGGGCAACUGUCUCCUUCUGCAACCACUUUCAACUCUACUGAUUCCUCGCAUGAACCUCGAAGCAAUGAGAACCCUCCUAUUGAUUCCUCCCUGCAAGCUGCAGCUAUUCAAGGAACACUGCAACAGCUUAUAGCCACAUAUGGCAACCUGCAAAAGCAAUUGAGCUCAAUUGUGUCUGCUCCAAUUGCAAAGGAAGGCAAAAGAAUUGAGGCAUCACUAAGUCGAAACAUGGAAAAGUCCAUCAAGGCUAACAUUGAUGCCAUGUGGGCCCGUUUCCAGGAGGAAAAUGUAAGGCAUGAAAAAUAUGAAAGAGAGCGAAUGCAGCAGAUGGCUACUUUAAUUGCAACUUCUGUAAACAAGGAUAUUCCUGUUAUGCUGGAGAAGUCAUUAAAGAAAGAAAUAUCUUCGCUGGGACCUGCUGUUGCUCGGACAACAGCACCUAUCAUUGAGAAGUCAUUAUCUUCUGCUGUAUCUGAUUCACUUCAGAAAGUGCUGGGUGAUAAGGUUGCUAAUCAGCUAGAUAAGUCUAUAUCCACAAAACUUGAAGCUAGCGUCGCUAGGCAGAUCCAAACACAGUUUCAGACAUCCACCAAGCAGAUACUUCAGGAUGCGUUCCGCUCUAGCUUUGAAACAUCAGUUAUUCCAGCAUUUGAACAAUCCUGUAAGACAAUAUUUGAGCAAGUAGAUGGUUCAUUCCAGAAGGGCAUGUCUGAGCACGGUGCUGCUAUCCAGCAGCAGGUUCUGACGGCACAUACUCCAUUAGCACAAACUUUGAAGGAAGCAAUCACUUCAGCCUCGUCAAUGAACCAGGGUCUUAAUUCAGAGUUACUUGAUGGCCAGCGCAAGCUUUUGUCACUUUUUGCAUCAGGGAGCCCAACAUCUCAGAAAACAGGUGCUUUGCAGCCCAGUAAUGGGCCAGUGGCCAAUCUCCCUGAGGUAGAUGCUCCAUUGGACCCUAUGAAAGAACUAGGCCGACUGAUUGCUGAGCGGAAAAUUGAUGAGGCAUUUACAAUGGCUCUUCAAAGAAGCGAUGUCUCCAUAGUUUCUUGGUUGUGUUCUCAGGUUGAUUUGCAAGCAUUAUGUGGAGCAGUUCCCAUCCCACUAAACCAAGGGGUCCUCCUAGCCCUUUUCCAGCAGCUAGCGUGCGACAUUGCCAACGACACGUCCCGGAAGCUUCAAUGGAUGACAAAUGUGGCCGUGGCAAUACAACCAACAGAUCCGAUAAUCGCUAUGCAUGUAAGGCCAAUAUUUGAUCAAGUCUAUGGCGUCCUGGCGCACCAGCGGUCCCUGCCAACAACUAAUGCAUCGGAUGCAACAAACAUCCGCUUAAUCAUGCACGUGAUCACCUCAGUGCUGAUAAGUCACAAGUAACAAUCGUAAGGCGCAUUCGGACAUUGCAUCGUUGUACAUAGAGAAUUUUGCAUAGCAUAUGAAACCGAAAAAGGAAGCUAUACAUUGUGUCUGACCAGUCUGACAGGACUAGGAGGCUAGUUUAGGAAUGUGGAAGGUAUCUUCCGGUGUAAAUUGGUCAUGUGUGACAUGGUACUGAGUUGCAUAUCGAUGUCGGGUUCAUUAUCUUGGAUAUGUUACGUCCAGCGCAAAUGUUAUACUGCCUAGUUUCAUAACUACAUUCCGAGUUCCCAAUUUAUGGAUAGAGCUCGUGUGGGCGCACCGCCUUUGGCA